GAAAAAAUAUUUAGUACGAGAAAGAAAAAGAAAGAUAGGAAGGAAGGAAGGAAGAGGUGUAGAGGAGCAAGCACAAGUAGAGACGCGCAGGACAAGAAGGAUUUGAGGAAAGGUGGUAAAAGAAUUGGUGCGCGCGCGAUUCGUUUUCCCUCUCUCUCGAACCUUUUCUCCCUACCAAGUAUCGCGAGCCGUCCCUCUCGCUCUCGCUCCUCCCCCUCCGCGCCUCGCCCCUCCUCCCAGAGGGCAACCAGCCGUCCCGUACUUGUUCUCUCACUCUUUCUCUCUUUCAAAAGCUUGCUUUCUUCGUUCCUCUGAGGAGACUACUAGUGUACCGGUGACGGUACUACCGCCUCCACCACCGCCGCCGUUGCCACUGCUGCCACCGUGUUCUCUCUCUCUUUCUCUUUUCUUUCUCUCUCUCACGUAUACCCACCGCCUUCCUAUCCACCAAGCGGAGGACUGGAUUCCGUCGAAAAGAAACGACGAUUCGGAGGAUAGUCGCGACCGAUCAUAGCUGGCGCGUCGAUCGGAUCAACGACGUGCGCUGGGCAGCAGCCUCGUUGCUAGCACCAGCCCGCGCGCGAGAAUUGCUUGCUUGCUUGCUUGCUCGCUUGAUAGCUUGCUUGCUUGCUUGCUUGCCUUCCUAGCUUGUUUCCCCCCUUCAUCGGGAACAUUAUUUUUUAUUCUUCUUACUUAAACUUGAUCGUAAUCGUCAUAAUAGUCGUCGUCAUCAUUGUCAAUGACAACUUUCUCGUUGUCUCUUCAUCGUCAAUCCCUAAAAGUUCCAGGCUAUCAUCUCGUGUGCUACUACUGUUUCACCUGUUAUUAUUAUUAUUAUUAUUGUUGUUAUUGUUGUUGUUGUUGUUAUAUCUUAAUAUACUUCGCAACGCACUAUACAACUCUAUACCAAACCUCGCGCGCUUCGACUAUCCUUCGUGGGUUUAAAACUACUGUGCGUGUGUGUGCGCGCGCGCGUGCCCCCGCGCGUUUAACACCGACCGAUCGUCACUUCGUUUUUGGACUCUAUUGGAAUUGACGUUUUUCAACAUUGUGAUGGAAGGAUUUAACUUUAAAUCAUAGUUCAAAGUUUUUUCAAUCCUUAUACUAAUCCCUCAUCGAUCUAUCUGAUUGGGUUUUUGUAUUCUUCAGUAUUUCAAAAGUCAACGAGAGAAUCGAGUUUUGUUGUGUACAAGUGGUGAACGAAGAAAAGUACUGUACGACGUCCGACGGAUUCGUUAGUUUUGAUAAGUGUUCGUCUAUGUCAUCGGCAGUUCACAUUGGAUUUUUGUUUUGUUUUAUAUUUCACUUUGGUGAGCUGAUCAAAUUAAAGAAGUAAAAAAAAAAAAAAACUGAAUAAGAAGUUGAGUGACGAGAUAGGAGGAAAUUGAAACCGAGAAGACUUGUUGGAUUGUUGUUGCUGCUGCUGCUGUUGCUGGUGUGCUGAGAUGAAAGAAGAUUAAGAAAAGAGAAGAAGAAAAAUAUUGUAAUAUCUUUCUCUCUCUUUUUUUCUUUUUUAUCUAUCUUACUCCCCCUCUUUAACACGCUCGAUCCUACGGUCUGGAUCCUCCGGUGUGUCUCUGCGUGUGACAGUGAGAGUGCAUCUGCCGGGAGGGCGCCUCCAGGGCCGAGUAUAUAGUCAUCAUCCUCGUGUGCACUAUAAUCCUAACUAAAACGUGUGUGUAAUCAACUAAAUAUAUAUAUAUAUAUAUAUAUCAUUCGUAAUAUUCAUUAUUUCGAUUUGAUAUCAUCGAAAGAAGAUAAUUAAGAAACAGUUCGACGAAAAACAGUGACAUUAGUUUUUUGUGAUAUUUCAAGAAAGAGAAAAAGAAGAAGAAUAGAAAUAAAAAAGUGUUUUUGAGGAUUUCAAAAAAGUGACAAAUAAAAAGCUCGUGAAAAAGAAAGAACCGAAUGAAAGUAGUGUGUCCCUGAGUUUAAAAAUGAUGAUCGCGUAGCGGCACCCGAUUAUCACGGCCCUGAGCGGCCGACACAUCAUGUCACAGUUCUCCUUCCGAGGAUCGCCAAAUCUACAGUGUCCUGUGACAGUAAAUUCGUCGUUAGCGUCUUCGUCGGGCUCACCGUCGUCAGGAGUUCACCUGAGCGCAGGAAGUUCAUCUUUGGUGAAUGCGGCGUCCGGCGUAGGGACGACGAAUCAUCCUCUUGGUGUGGUGGGUGUUGUACCCAGUGGCGGGGGGGCCGGUGGUUUGUCAAACGCAAGGAUGGCGGUGACGAACGCGGUGGUUAGACCACCGGGGAGUCCAACAGCCUCGGUGAGUCCAUCUCAAGGUCAUCCACCGCCAACAACGGCAGGUCCGACAGCCGCUAGGUGCUGUGACACCGGCAGACCUAUCUUCACGGAUCCAAUCACCGGACAAACUGUCUGUUCAUGUCAGUACGAUCUUCUUGGUGGUUAUCAAAGACUCGGUGGAUUACCAACUGCAGCCCUUUCGAUGUACAGCGCACCCUAUGCUGCUGCAGCAGCUGCUGUCGCUUCUGAAGGCAUGGCUGCUUAUUUUCCGAGCCUUGGUGCUGAACAAGCACCUUUCUAUACACCUACUGCUGCUGGAUUAGAAUUGAAAGAAAAUCUAAGUGCUAGUGCAGCAGCAGCAUGGCCCUAUCCUUCUGUGUAUCAUCCUUACGAUGCAGCAUUUGCGAGUUAUCCUUUCAACGGUUAUGCAGUUGAUUUGAAUGGUCAAAGGCGGAAAAAUGCAACGAGAGAAACUACGAGUACGUUGAAAGCUUGGCUUAACGAACAUAAGAAAAAUCCUUACCCAACUAAGGGUGAGAAGAUUAUGUUAGCUAUAAUCACGAAGAUGACGUUAACGCAAGUAUCAACGUGGUUUGCGAAUGCACGAAGGAGAUUGAAAAAGGAAAAUAAAAUGACGUGGGAACCACGUAACAGAGUAGAAGAUGAGGAUAACAAUAACGAGGAUGACGAUAGCGGUAGGAAGAGUGUCGAUGAAAAGGAUCGUCUCGAUUCUAAAGAUUCGGGUACGGGUUCAAGCGAGGAUGGUGAACGGCCAGCUCACAGAUUGGACUUAUUGCAUGGUACAAGUGGUGGUCCAGCUGGUGCACAGGGUAGAACGGAGAGUGAAUGGAGUGAGUCCCGUGCGGAUAGUGGUCCGGAUAGUCCGGAAUGUCUGUACGAUCAACGAGAACCAAGGCAUCCUUUACAACUUCAGCAUCCAGCGUAUUUAGCAUCAAGUCAUAAUCGAUUGCUUCGUCACCCAUCACCUGAAAGUACGUCACCUAGUGCACAUCACCAUUUACCACCAAGUACGAGUGCACCGUCGACGGGUAAUCCAGUUACGACAAAACCAAGGAUUUGGUCGUUGGCAGACAUGGCAAGUAAGGAUGGUGAACAGCAGAGUCCAAAUCCAACGACGAUGACGGGUUUGACGUCACCUUAUGGUGGAACGGGUGGUGGCAUUGGAGGUGGAGGUGGCGGGGGUGGCGGAGGUGGUGGUGGUGGUGGUUCUGGGGGUGUACCUGGAAAAUUAGUGAGUCCAUUAGCAAACCGUUUACGACCUCAUCAUCAUCCGUUGCACCCAGUGAUGCAUCCAGGUACUCAAUUCGUAAGGCCUCAUCCGGACUUUUAUCGAAACUUCUACGGGGCAUCUCACCUUGGUUCUGGAGACAUGUCUUUGCUGGAGAGUUACUCGAGAACUCUUGGUGGUUUAGGAGGUGUUAUGCCACCAUCCACAGCUCCAAGUAUAUUAACGUCAUCCUCAUCGUCAAUAACUGGCGCUGGUAACGCCAAACCUUUUUCCAUCAAUGGGGAAGCUACCGGUGUUAUUACAGGACCAACAGUUAUGCUUACAACGGCAUCAUCCGGUCUCUCACCUUCGUCAUCAUCGACGGCAUCAUCGGGUGGCUCGGAUCAUUCACCUCAUCCAUCAGGUCCCUUACCACCAAGUCAAGAGCUCAAAUCUCCUGGACGUGUGUGAUUCGACGUCUAAAUAGGUGUGUCAACUCUUUGAUAUAACGAACGAAAUAAUAACGAUUACAAAUAUUAUAAUGAAUGAAAGAACAUAAAGAAAAAAAAAACAAAAGAAAAAAAAACGUUUAAGACUAUUAAAUAGAGUCGCUAAAAUUUUGUCCUUUAGCGACGAACGUGUGCUGUGCUCUGGUGUGUCCGACAAUAAUGACAGACUACAAUCUUGUAAUUAGUGUACAGUGAACGACAUUGGAGUAUAACUCUUCACAUUUGGCAACCCUUUUUAUCCCGCUUUGAACAGUCCUAAUCCCUAAUUCCUCAUUCCCGAUCCUAAAUCCUUGACCUGUUCAAAUUCGGUUGUGUUUGAUCAACGAGAAAAAUAGUAGUCCUGAUAUAUCCGUAAAGAUAUUUACGGAUAUCAUGGUAAAACUAUCCUAGUACUGACUUGAUAGUAAAACAUUAUAUAUAAAUAUUAUAUAUAUAUAUAUAUAAAUAUAAAUAUAAAUAUACAUAAACAUAUGACGAUAAUAUUAUUAUUUAUGCGUUUGUAAAUAGUAGAGAUGGCCUAUUAGAGAGCGUCCGGCCAGUGUAUGUAUUGUAUGUAGAGUAGGUACACACAAUUAUUAUUAUUAUUAUUA